UUUGCAUCAACGUGAUUCUAUUGUAAUUGUAUUAGUCUUCUCUCCACCUCCAUUUUUCCCCCAAAAUCAAUACAAUAAAAGUCCAACUCUCGGCCCUUACCGGUUGGUUUUAGGGCUUCUUUCUCUGACGUCUUUCUGUAUCUAUCUUCACCGCCCUAUUUAGAUAUAUAGACUCAGAGAGAUCUGCUGAACAGAAGCUAUUGUGUGUAUGUGUGUUUUGAUAGGAUAAUAGAGUAAUAUAUAGUGUUAGGGUUUUGAUGCGUUGUUGCGAAUCGAAUAUAAGUUUUUCGGGUUGGAUUGUUCGAGUAUGGCCAAUAACCAUGGUGGUUCUGGAUCCAAGUUUGUGUCUGUAAAUUUGAAUAAAUUAUAUGGGCAGCAGUCAAAUUCUAAUCAUCAUCAUAAUAGUAAUAAUUAUGGGCCAGGCCGGGUUAGAGUGGGAGGGAAUGCUGCUGGUGGUGGUGGAAGUGGAGGUGGGAUGGUUGUGUUGUCGAGAAAUCGACCUUUGCAGAAGGCUAUGCCGAAAUUAUCUGUUCCGCCCCCCUUGAACUUGCCUUCGUUGAGAAAGGAAUAUGAGAAAAUUGAUUCGUCUAGUGGAGGGGGAGGUGUGGCUGGUGGUGCUGGUACUGGGAGUGGGUCGAGGCCUAGUUCUUCGGGUGUGGGAUGGACUAAACCGGGAAAUGUUGCCUUGCAGGAGAAGGAAGUUGGUAGUGAUACUUUGGUUUUGGACAGUGGGAGCUAUAGUGAAGGUACAGUUAGGAAGGGAAGUGGUGCUUAUAUGCCUCCCUCGGCUAGGUUUACUGGGGGAGUUGGAAAUGGAGAUAUGGGUUCGGCUCUUUAUUCAAAUGUGUCUACUUUUGAGAAGGCUAUGGUGUUGAGGGGGGAAGAUUUUCCGUCUUUACGGGCUGCUUUGCCUGUUCCAACUGGGCCUGCACAAAAGCAAAAGGAAGGAUCUUUUCAAAAGCCGAAGCAGUUAGUUAGUGAGGAGUCAUCCAAUGAUCUAAGAAACAGUUCUCAUUUCGAUACACCUGCUCGAAUCCAACCAUCCCAUCGUGUUACCAAUGCUGUGAAUGAAAGUAGUGUGCAGACUCCAAGAUCAAGCAGUGCACGUGUGGAUCAUGCUCAGAAGCAGGAAGACCCUCUGCCACUUGUAUGGUUGAAUCCGAGGUCUGAUUGGGCUGAUGAUGAGCGCGAUACAGGUCAUGGUUUUGCAGGCAGGAAUGACAGAGAUCAGGAGUUGCCCAAAAGUGAAACAUAUUGGGAUAGAGAUUAUGAUGUACCUAGAACAAGCAUUUUGCCAAACAAGCCACCUAAUAAUCUUUUCGAAAGGCGUGGUCAGCAAGUUAGUAGCAUUGGGAAGGGGCCUACCUCUGAUGUUCUUAAAGCCGAGCCUUUCCGGAGAGAGACAAUUUUGCAUGGUAAGGAAGACAGAGACAGCAACUCUUGGAGGAGUUCUUCUAUCUACAAAGAUAGAUCUACUGCAUCGCAUGUUAUGAACAAUGGAAACAAUGUCACCGUACCAGACAGUUUUAACAAUAGCAAGUACAUGCCAUAUUCAGGAGACAAUGCUCAUCAUGGCCUGGUUACAGGCAACAGGGACCCUUCAUAUAUGAGAAGGGAUACAGGGCAAGGGAAACAAGGGGGGCAGCGACACUGGAAUCACUCGGUAGAAUCUCCUAGAUACAGGAAUGAAGGCUACCCGAAUUCUGCAGUGUCAAAAUCUGUUUUUAACUUGAGUGGAAAGGGUCUUUCUAUUAAUGAUCCAGUGUUAAAUUUCGGAAGGGAGAAAUCUGCAAAAAGUGAACGAAUUUACUUGGAUGAUUCUUAUCAGAAAGACUUCGGUUCCAGUGGUUACGAUGAAAGAGAUCCAUUUACAGGAAAUCUAGUCGGAGUGGUCAAAAGGAAGAAGGAUGUAAUAAAUCAAACAGAUUUUCAUGAUCCUGUUAGAGAGUCCUUUGAAGCUGAACUUGAGCGAGUCCAGAAGAUGCAAGAGAUGGAACGACAGAGGAUUGUUGAGGAACAAGAGAAAGCUCUGGAGCAAGCACGAAGAGAGGGUGAAGAGAGACAGAGGAAAAUUAUGGAGGAAGAAGAAAGACGAAGAAGGAUGGAAGAAGAAACUCGAGAAGCUUCCUGGAGAGCAGAGCAAGAAAGAUUGGAGGCCAUUCAGAAAGCUGAAGAGUUAAAGAUUGCCCGGGAAGAAGAGAAAAAGAGGAUGUUUCUCGAGGAAGAGAGGAGGAAACAAGCUGCUAAACAAAAGCUUCUUGAGUUGGAAGCUAAAAUGGCAAAGCGGGAGGCUGAAGUUGUAAAGACUGGUAAUAGUGCUCAUAAUGGUGCAGACGAUGAAGUCCUGGUUGGUGGAAAAGAUAGUGAUGCAUCUGUGGAUUCGGAUCUUGAUAACUGGGAAGUUAGUCAGAGAAUGGUGGAAAGAAUAACAACUUCAGCAAGUUCUGAUUCAUCUGCAAUGGACAGGCCCUUCGACCGGCCUCAUUUUUCCAGAGAAGCUUCAUCUAGCUUUGUGGACAGAGCAAAACCUGUCAAUCCAUGGAAAAGGGAUGCAUUUGAAGUGGGAAGCAACUCAUCUUUCUUAGUCCAUGACCAAGACAAUGGUCAUCAUAGUCCCCGGCGAGAAGCAUCAACUAGCGGGAGGUCUUUUCAAAGAAAAGAUUUUUAUGGAGAUGGGUAUGCGUCUUCAAGGUCUCCUUAUAAGGGAGGGAUACAAGAUCCCGAUACUGACGUAUUUCCUCAUCUAGGAGAGCAUGAUCAUAGGUGGAACUCUUUUGGGGAUGGAGAAGCUUACGGCAGAAACAGGGAUAUUGAGUCUGAAUUUUAUGACAAUGCUGGCGAGAAAUAUGGUGAAGUUGGUUGGGGACAUGGGCAUUCUCGUGGCAAUACUCGUUCUCCUUACUCGGAUCAGCUGUAUAUGAAUUCCUAUGGAAGGUCGCGAUAUUCCAUGAAGCAGCCACGUGUUCUCCCCCCUCCAUCACUAAGUUCCAUUCCCAAAUCUUCAGUGAGAGGGGAGAAUGAACUCUCUGCUCCUUCAAGCUCUCUAGAAUCGACUGCAAGAACCGGGAAUUAUGGGGGUCCCCAGGACAAGCUUGAACAAUCUGAUCUUGCUGAUAUUCAACAAGAAAUUAUGGCACAGAGGCUGGAUAAGAAUGAGACACUUAGGUGUGACUCACAGUCAUCUCUCUCGGUCUCGAGUCCACCUAGUUCACCAACACAUCUCUCUCAUGAUGAGCUUGAUGAUUCUGCUGGCUGUUCGGUAAUACCAGGUGCAGCUGAUGGGGAAACACUUGAACAUGACAUCGGGAAUGAUGAACCUGUGAUGGUAGCAUCGAAGUCUGUCUCAGCUGAUGAGGAUGAAGAAUGGAGUCUUGAGAACCAUGAUGAGAUGCAGGAGCAAGAAGAGUAUGAUGAAGAUGAUGGUUAUGGUGAAGAAGAUGAAGUGCAUGAAGGACCUGAUGGUAACAUCAAUCUGACCCAGGACUUCGAGCGUAUGCAUCUUAAGGAGAAAAACACAACUACUGUGAUGGAAAAUGUUGUCUUGGGAUUUAAUGAAGGUGUUGAAGUUAGAAUUCCAGGUGAUGAGUUUGACAGAGAUAUGAAAACAGAUGAUAAUGCAGUUGAUAAGCUAGAAGUCCCUACUGUCGUUGUGGAGAAGCCGGCGGCAGUUGAUGCAGUGAUCCUUGAACAGCCCCAGAUUACUCAUGUACCAACAUCGUCUAGUCUCUUGGGCGAUCCUUCUGUUCAACAGACGGUCCCAUCUACCAUUGAGAUGACAUCAAAUUCUUCUUUGGGUCAGUCUACCGCACCUGCUUCAUCUUCUCUUCCAAACCACACUGAUUUGCCUGUUCAACUUCAGUUUGGGUUGUUCUCUGGCCCGUCGCUGAUACCAUCUCCAGUUCCAGCCAUACAAAUUGGUUCUAUCCAGAUGCCACUCCAUCUUCACCCACCUGUUGGCACGUCCAUGGGCCAUAUGCACCCAUCACAACCACCUCCUCUUUUCCAGUUUGGUCAGCUGAGGUAUACAUCUCCUGUUUCUCAGGGGAUUCUUCCAUUGAAUACACAACCCGUGGCUCUUGUUCAGCCAAACAUUCAGCAUGCCCAUUUUAAUUUGCACCAGAAUUCAGCAAAUUUUCUUCCUAAUCAGUUUGUUCAAGAGAUUCCUGCUACCAACAUGAAGAAGGACAGUGGUUCGGGUGAUUCGUUAAAUAAUCAUUCUGGCAAUGUUUCAACAAGGCCAAACCUGAGUCCUGAUAAUUGGACUGCAAGAGGAAACACAGAAUACAAUGGUAUGGUAAGUAAUAGUCGAAGUGAUUAUUCCCGUGCUGUGGAUAACAGUAUUGCAUCAAAGACAGUUUCACAAAUUGAAGAAAAGGGCCAUGACACAUUGCCAUCAUCUCAGGGUCUGUCUGGGGAAAAAAACAUAUCCAUGUCAAGGGCCCCAGGCCCAUCGUCUGCUAAUAGGGGAAAGAGAUAUGCCUACCAAGCUCGGAAUUCUGGUCCAAGAUCAUUUCAAGCUUAUGAGCCAUCGGGAUCUAACGAAUUUCAGAGGAAACAUCGACGUCCAAUUCAACGAACUGAGUUUAGAGUCCGGGAGAAUGCUGAUAGGAGAUUGGGCAUGCAUUUUAAUAUUGCAGGGGAUGACAAAUUAAACAAUAAAGGUAUUGGAAGCUCUACAAGAAAUGGGUAUAGACGUCAUAUGGGUCCCACUACUUCGUUGAAGCGUGUUGUACCUGAGUCCUCGGGCUCCCAGGAGAUGGUUCAUGAAAACAGGCCAGGAAAAGAAACUGGAAGACCAACAGCAACAAAAACUCAGGCUACCUCAUCAUCCUCUGUUGAAGGUAACCUAAAGAGAAACAUUCCAGAAGAAGAUGUUGAUGCACCCUUGCAAAGUGGUGUUGUACGUGUUUUCAAGCAACCAGGCAUUGAAUGUCCAAGUGAUGAAGAUGACUUCAUAGAAGUGAGGUCAAAACGACAGAUGUUGAAUGAUCGUCGUGAACAAAGAGAAAAAGAAAACAAGGCGAAAUCACGUGUUACAAAGCAACCACGAAAGGCUCGCUCUUUUGUUCGAGGCAAUGCAGUCUUUGGAGGCUCAAAUCAAAUCUCUACAUCGGUUGUUUCCGAAGUAUCAAACAACAUCCGAUCUGAUUUUGUUGGUUCUGAUGGCCGUGGUGUGGUAAACAAGGAACCUUUGGCUCCAAUUGGCACGCCAACUGUGGACGCUGGUGUUCAGACUGAGUUAAAAUCACACACUAACAAGACCCUCCAAAGAGAAUCCGCAUCUGCAACUUCUGGUACUGUGGAAGAUCAUAGUUCAAAUCUCAUGUUUGAGACUGAGAAUAAGGUUGUUGAUAAUGUUCAGACAUCUUUGGGAGAUUGGGGAAAUGCACGGAUGGAUCAACAGGUCAUUCCUUUAACUCAGACGCAACUUGAUGAGGCUAUGAAGCCUGAAAGGUUCAAUACGACACUGAUAACGUCUAUUGGUGAUCCUACCAACUUGGUCAGUGAACCCAUUUUGCCGUCUUCAUUAGUCAUGACAAAGCCAAAAUCGAUUCCGUCUUCUACAAGCCCAAUUAACUCUCUGCUUGCCGGUGAAAAAAUUCAGUUUGGGGCCGUUACCUCGACGACGGUACUUCCUCCCAGUAGCCGUGUUGUUUCACAUGUGAUUGCUCCAGGGUCCUUCCGUUCCGAUGUCACUCAAAAUAACUCAAAAACUGAAAAGGAAUGUAACUUGUUCUUUAAAAAGGACGAGCACCCCACAGAAGAUUGUGAGGCUGAAGUAGAAGCUGCUGCAUCAGCCGUUGCGGUGGCUGCUAUUGAUACAAAUAAAAUCGUUGGCAAUGGGACGGGACCGGCUAAAGUUUCAGGCACACCAACGCUUGGAGGUGCAGUUGAGGGUAUCCAAGGAGGAUUGGCUGGGGAGCAACAAUCUGGAAGUCAAUCUAAGACCGAAGAAUCUCUUAGUGUAUCACUUCCUGCCGAUCUAUCUGUUGAAACUCCACCGAUAUCUUUGUGGCCACCACUAACAAGUCCGCAAGGCUCGUCAACCCAGAUGCAUUCUCAUUUCCAUGGUGCGGCACCUUCUCACUUUCCCUUUUAUGAGAUGAAUCCUCCCAUGAUGAGCAGUCCAGUCUUUGCUUUUGGUCCACAUGAUGAAGCUGGUGGUACCCAGUCUCAACCCCAAAAAACCACUGGGUUGGGUUCAAGGCAUUCUGGUCCCUGGCAAAACCACUCUGGCAUGGACUCGUUUUAUGGUCCUGCUGCUGGAUUCACAGGUCCAUUCAUUGGUUCUCCUGGAGGUAUUCCGGGUGUGCAAGCCCCACCACAUAUGGUGGUUUAUAACCAUUAUGCUCCGGUAGGCCAGUUUGGGCAGGUUGGCUUGAGCUUUAUGGGUACCACUUAUAUCCCGUCUGGAAAACAACCCGACUGGAAGCACGAUCCGACGUCAACUAGUAGAGGUGAAGAAGACAUGAAUCCGAUUAAUAUGGUUUCUGGACCUCGCAAUCCUCCCAACAUGCAGCCUCCAAUCCAGCAUCUUGCCCCAGGCUCUCCCCUUUUGCCCAUGGGAUCCCCGUUAACCAUGUUUGACGUACCUCCAUUCCAGACUGCACCAGACGUAUCAGUCCAAACACGGUGGUCUCAUGUGCCCACGUCACCUCUACAUGUGAUUCCUAUGUCAUUGCCAUUACAGCAACAAGCAGAAUCGAUGAAUGGACCUUCUCAGUUCAGCAACCAUGGCGGACAUACUGUUGACCAGUCAACAUAUCCUCCCAAUAGGUUUCCUGAACCACAAGCUUCAACUCCGUCCAACAGCAAUGGGCUGGUGUUCCCUGUUGUAAGAGAUUCAACUAUCACCCAUUUUCCUGACGAACUUGGGUUGGUAGACUCAUCUGGAUCAUCCAUUUCUACAACAUCUGCUUCGAUUACAGUUAACCAUAUCACUUCAGGAACCACAAAGACUGUAGAUGGUGUUCAAAGAGGUGGUGGUGGCAGCAUCGGCAUCAACAAUAACGGUGGUAGUGGCAGUGCUGAGUUCAAAAAUCAGCACCACCAUCAGGGUAAGAAUAUGUCUUCUCAACAAUACAAUAAUCAUCCCGGUGGUUAUGGUUACAAUCAAAGAGGUGGAGGGGUGUCUCCAAAGAACAAAUCUAUGGGCCAAUGGUCUCAUCGUAGGACAGGGUUCCAUGGAAGAUACCAAUCUAUGGGAGCAGAGAAAAGCUUCCCACCGUCAUCAAAAGUAAAGCAGAUUUAUGUAGCAAAACAGCCUGCUCCAGGUGGAUCAUCUUCAACCGUCAGUGAGUAAUAUCUGGUGCUGAAACAUGAUAUUAAUCCGGGUAUGAAUGAUGUGGGAUGUUGAUUGGAGGUUUUUUGUUUGAGGUUUGAUUGAUAGAGUUUAUGUUAGAAGUUGGUAGUGCAAGUCUGAAGUUGCAAACUAGAAAGGAAAGGGGUUUAGGGUUAUAUUAUAAUGUAAAAUCACCAGGACCAUGAUUAUUGUUUGUGGGUGUUUGAUGUAUUCAAUUUAUGUUCAAGACCCUGAGAAUAAUACUCCUCUUCAUACCCUUGUCAUGUUUCAAUGUGUAUGUAAUUUUGACAUCGUAAAAAGUAAUAUAAAUGUUGCAGUUUUGCAAGUA